GGGCUGAGGCUGUUGGGAGCCGAAGCCUAGCGCGGGCUGAGGGAAGAGGGCAGCGUUUGGCGAGUGGCGCGGGACCCGGAGCCUCUUGCACUUUUUUCCUCCCGAGUGCCCCCUCCCACCCCUCCCACUCCACACACACCCUGUUUGCCCGUGAGCCUGGGGAACUUGCAGCUUAAAGCCAGCCACCCCCACGGCAACAUGUACCCCAGCAACAAGAAGAAAAAGGUGUGGAGAGAGGAGAAAGAACGUUUACUGAAGAUGACCUUAGAGGAGAGACGCAAAGAAUACAUAAGGGACUAUGUUCCCCUGAACACCAUCUUAUCGUGGAAGGAGGAGAUGAAAGGCAAGAGCCAAAAUGAUGAAGAAAAUACUCAGGAAACAUCACAGGUGAAGAAAAGUUUGAGUGAAAAAGUUUCUCUCUAUAGAGGUGACAUCACAUUGCUAGAGGUAGAUGCUAUAGUCAAUGCGGCAAAUGCCAGUCUUCUUGGAGGAGGAGGUGUGGAUGGCUGUAUUCACAGAGCAGCUGGGCCCUGUUUACUGGCUGAAUGCCGUAACCUGAAUGGCUGUGAAACUGGACAUGCAAAAAUCACAUGUGGCUACGACCUGCCAGCAAAAUAUGUCAUCCAUACUGUAGGACCAAUAGCCAGAGGCCAUAUUAAUGGUUCCCAUAAGGAAGACCUUGCAAAUUGCUACAAAUCAUCUCUGAAGCUGAUGAAAGAAAAUAACAUCCGAUCAGUUGAAGAUGGUUAA